UAUAUAUUUAAAAAUCUAAGAAAAUUCGAAAACCAAAUGUUAUUCUAUUUUUAUUAAGCACAAGAAUGAACAAAAGAAAAAUAAUUAAAAGUCAUUGGCGGAAACGAAUUAACUAGUGUGCCACUUUCUAUUUCCAGCAUGUCUCCACUGAAAACGGUAUAUUAUUUUCAACAAAGAAAGAUACGGUCAUACUGCAAGGACCUUUGGAUUUUAACGUAUAAUAAGUUUUUAUGGUUGUGUUUUCCUGAUAAUUAACUGAUUUGUGAUAUUUGUGUUGCUUGAAUAAUGUGCCACAUAUCAAACUGGAGUACGCUGAAAAUUGUGCUGGCCUUCCUGUCGCUCAACAUUUUCUGGCUUUUGAAGGUGUAUCCUCCGGCAGGAGAUGAACCCCAAAAAUGCCCACCUCCGGAGCUGACUCCUCGAAGUCCGGCGACCGUGGAAUGUCCCUAGCAUUCGGACAUCGCCUAUGCCCUGCUGCAGCCGCUGAACAGCUUGGACGGCUUCGUGGCUCCGAAUAAUUCGGCGAUGCUGGCCUUCGAGAACAUUGACUUGAGCUACGGUCGCUGGGACAAUCAGCAGCUGUACAGGAUCAAGGACUUUGCGUUGCUCGGCGAGCAGUACAUGGACUCCGGGGACUCCAGUUUGGUUUGCCUCGCCACCCAGACUUCGGUGGAGCGCCUCAACUCGCUGCCCCAGGUGGCUGCCAAUUGGCAGGGCAAGAUGUCCGUGGCGGUUUUUGCGGCUGGCCACGAGGAGUUCGUUGUGCUGCAGUAUUUCGUGACCUAUAUGCGUCUGUGCUUUGCCAACAUCCGGGAGAAUGCCACCUUUCAUUUGCUCACCCCAAGGGACUACGACAAAUUGCCGCGAGUGGCUGCUCUGCCGCUGAACAUGAAGGGUAAAUUCGACUGCCAGUAUCCGGACAGAACGCUGAAGUCCCUGCUCAAGUUCCGUUCGCUGAAGACCCUGCAGUGGCGCCAGAGGAACACCUAUCCCCAGAACCACAUGCGGAAUCUGGCGCGCAAGGGCUGCCAGACAAAGUACGUCUUUCUCACGGACAUCGACAUUGUGCCCAGCACGAACAGUGUGCCGCAGCUGAAUCAGUUCUUCAGAACAGCCAAUUGCACCAAGAGCUGUGCCUACGUGAUCCCCACUUUCGAGAUAGACGUUAGAGCCACGUUUCCCCGCUCCAAGAACGCCCUGCUGCGAUUGAUUAGGAAAGGCUUAGCACGACCAUUCCACGAGAAAGUCUUUAUCUACAACCAAUAUGCCACCAACUUCUCCAAGUGGCUAUCCACAAACACAAAUGAGACGGAGGUCACAGUGAGCCAUAUCGUAACGAACUUUGAAUUCCUAUAUGAACCAUUCUACAUAGCCAUAGACAAUGCACCAGCACAUGACGAAAGAUUUCUGGGCUACGGCUUCACCAGAAACUCUCAAGUUUAUGAGAUGCAUUUAGCUGGCUUUCAGUUCUAUGUUCUGUCCCCCGUUUUUACCGGACAUUGGGGAUUGCAAAGGAAGCAGGCGAGACCAGCUUGGCGAGAGCAGCAGAAUAAUGCAAAUCGCAGGAAGUUCGAUGUUUUCAAAAGCGAAAUAUUUGUGCGAUACAAAAACGAUCCACGCUUGCUAUUGAAAUCCAAAAAUAAUCAAAUUCUAGUUAAAUAAAAUGUCAAUAGAUGAAUAGUA